UAGUUACUUUGACUCACCGCUUGAUGGCGCCGAUGUCUGAAACGCCCGUUUGAUGAACUGACACAAGACAAACAAAAGCAUCAACGUAGAGAAAAAACAGACCACGAACACAAAAUCCAAGAGAAAAGAAAAUCUGAUAUGGAGACACAGAUGAGGCAACGUGUGUUUACCGGGGUGGUCACACAGAUGCAGGAGCAUCAUGGGAUUGUGGAUCAGGAGGUUCAUUUUCCAGUGAGUGUUGUGGUGGGACGCGUUCCCCUGGUGGGUGAGAAAGUGUUGGUGAAAGCGGUCCAGGACCCCCUGAAACCCAUCAGCUGGACGGCACAGAAAGUCCAGACCCUGAACGGACAGCCGUUCAAAUCUCCUCCUCCGCUGCUGCCGUCUAUGUCAACCAAUAUGAAGCCUGGCAUUUUAGGGACCAAACCUCAACCCCUGCUGAAAUCUCCCAAAAUUCCACCACUGAUUCCCAGUAUGCAGCCAAACCCUGGUGGAAUGAUCCAGAUGUCCCAUCACCAGCAGAUGCCCUGGAACGGUCCGUUUGACGGUUGGGGUGGAGGACGGAAAAGACACGCUGAGAUCAUGGGAGGACGUAGAGGUGGACGCUGGGAGGACGGUGGCGGAGGACCGUGGGGAUCAGACGCCAUGCACCAAAAACGGAAAAGAUGGAGGGCAGCCUCCGAGGAGGAAGUGCCCAAAAAAAGCAGCUCUGUAACCACACACAGUGCGCCGUUAUUCUCCUGUUUCUCCAGGGACACCCAGGCCUGUGAUUAUCUGGAGCUUCAGCGGCGGUACCCGCACCUGCACCUGACCCCCAACCUCUUUCACCUCCAGCUGUCCUGGACCGAGAGCUUCCCGCCCGACCAGCCUCUUCCUUUGAGAGGGCCGUGUCACUUUCACAUAGGAUCAAACCAGCCAGAAACCAAACCAGAUGCUUGCGAGUCCACAGAUGCCACUUUUGCUGUUAAGGUUCUGUUGUUUUCUAUGCCGUGCCUUGAGGACUUGUAUUCACAGUGUUGUAACCUCUUGAAGGACGGUCAGACGCAGAAGGAGGCUGUGCAUCCCACUACACUUCUCAAAUUCAUGUUGGUGGACAGUGGAGGUGAACUGCGGCUCCCAGGAGGCCUCUGGUCACCCAAAGCAGAUGGAGCGAACCCAAUAAAGGACAGCUUGACACUGGUCAACGCUGCGGUCCGCUGCAUAAAGGAUCAAACCGCUCUAGACCUCUCAGCCUGCACACAGUGGUACAAGAUGGCGGAGCUGAGAUAUCUUUCAGGAGAUAAAAUGGAGACAGUUGUGGUGUUGUUGCCAGAUGUGUGGAAUCUAGUGCCAGCAGAAGAAGACUGGGCAAAGUUACAACAAAAACAGCUGGAUGAUGAUUUGUCGCUCCCAGAAGGACCGUCUGUGAUUUUUCACCCCUCUGCUGGACUGAAUCUGUCUGUCGUGUCUCUGUCGUCAAUGCUGGAGCCCCAGAGUCUUCAGACACGAGACAGCUGUGAGGUCAGCUUGAUGGCGGAGAUGUUCAGCGAGAUGCUCCAGAGGGAUUUUGGGCUUCAGCUGUAUCAGUGUCUCUGCCGUCUGCCUCAGGACCCCAGUGUCCCGCUGACCUGCGUCAAAGAGGACAACAGCACUCCCAUGGAGGAUGAGCCCAAAACAUCCGACAAACAGCCAUCAAAAAAGAAAGGAUUGAUUGAUGCAAAGAAGAGAAAACUCAAAGAGAAGGAUGAGGAGGACGUCACAAUGACAGAUGAUUCUGAACCAGGUGAAAAACAAUCUGAGCAUCUAAAAGAGAGUAAAACUCAAAGCGCAGGAGGAGACGAGCAGAGCAGCAGCGCCUCAGACAAUCAGACGUCCAAAGACAGUGAGUGUCAUCUGGGCUGGACGGCCGAACUUCCCCGUAAAGUGCUUCUGUCCUGGGUGUUCUUUGACCGGCAGCUGACAGGAAGUCUUCGAGAAGCAGAUCUGCUCAACAUCCUGUUGUCUCUCGGCCUGUUUCUCAGCCCUGCUCAGACGCAGGAUCUAGUCAGAAAGGCUGCAGUCGGCGGGCUUUGCCUUUACAGGAAUCUGUGCAGUCGCUGGUCAGACUGCGAUCAGACAGAUGGCAGGAUCAGCGCUGAGGGGAAUAAAUCGAUGUUGCCUGGACAGACAUGCAAAGAAAGAGGGUCCGGCCGUCGCAGCAACAGCACAGAUCUGGUGAACUACAGAGGGAACGUCAUUAACUUACCAAACCUACUGCAGUCGCUGGAGAGCAGCAAAGCGGCCCAGCGUGAACUGGAGAAGUGCGUUGCCACGCUGCAAUCCAGACUCGACGCAGCAGAAGCGAGACAGGCCUCUAAUGAACAGGAGCAUGGCCAACAGAAAGAGCUGAAGAAGAAACUUGAGAAAGCAGAGACGCUCAACAAAACGUACGAGAAGAGUCUGAGAGAAAACACCGGUCAGAUGAUCUCUGUCAUUGAGAAGAUGCAGAGGAUGGUCGAACAGACGACGGCCCUUACAAAUGCGAACGCAGGAAAGGAUGAGAAGGUGUAGAGCUCCAUCGGAUGGCGAUGCAAUAGUGUUUAGACCGAGGAAAAUAAAAGAAAUUUUAGCCUCUGUUUCUUUGCUUAAAAAAAACAUCUUUUUUGUGGGGGAAAAUGGAUGUUUUCUCAUGCAAAUAGAAAUGUAAAGGAUUUUAUUAAUAAAAGUGAAAUGUUUUGCUGGUUCAUUUUAGAACGUAAUGUGCUUAAUAUGGAAAGGAAAUGUUGUUUAUUUAUUUAGUGUUAUUUAAUUUUAUUUUGUUGUUGAAUUCUGGCAGCUAUGAAAGUAUGAUCCUUCCACAAAACUGACAAUCUCAUAAACAGAGAUAUAGAUAUAAAGACCUAUUUGUAACCCGGUAUAAUUUUCUUUUCUUUGCAUUCUCCUUUGUGAUUAUAAAAAAAGCGUUUUAAAUGACAGAUCUCUAGUUUGGUUUUAACUUAAGAAAAGAAAGGUUGAAAACAAGCAUGCAACAUUUCUUUUUUUAAUUUCGACAAAUUGGAUUUUAUUGUAUUUCAGAUUUGUUAUUGUGUACUGAAGCAUUUCCUUACUGUUUGAAACCACCCACCGCCAUAAUUAUUCUCCAGUGUUCGCAUGAGGUUAGUCUAGUGUUUAGUCUAGACUAAAGUAUAGUGAAAGUCCAAUUAUUCUGGAAAUACUGCCUGAAUUCUUCCUUGCAAUUAAAAUGGUUUGGUUCUGACUCAACCCAACUCUAUUUGUUAACCUACUGUGAUGAUUCACCAUUGUGAGAAUGAAUACAUUUUAAAUAAAGUCUGAAACUAUUUCGGAAGGUUUGCAAACAGUAAAAUAUUAAACUUAAUUGGCAAGUAUUUUUGUCUUUUCCUCAGGGACCGUUUAUAUUUUCUAAUGGCCUGUUUCUGAACAAUUGCAUUCCAAGAUGUGGACAAAGAUGUGUCAUAAUAAACUAAUGAGUAAAAUUAAUCACAUGUAAUAUAUAUGUAAAUAUUAUUUUCUUUUUGUUUUGUCUAUUUUUUAAUCCUCAAGAAAUAACCACAGUUUGUUUAGUGACGAAGUUGGCCAAUAAAUUUCAGAUCAUCAAA